CCGGAAAUGACGUUUGGACGUACCAGCGCAAGUUAAAUGGCAGCCUACACAUCUGCCACGCUUGCCUUGUAAAAGUUGCCGUUUUUCAUAUUUUUCUUGUUAAGAAACACGCGAAUUCAUCUGCAACCAUGUCGGGGAGAACAGGCAACAAGCUGCCAAACAAUCUGCCGCAACUGCAGAAUCUUAUUAAAAGAGAUCCGCAGUCUUACGUGGAGGAGUUUCAGCAGCAGUACCGACACUACCAGUCCAAUAUGCAGAUCUUCAGACUGCAGCCUGACAAGCCGAACAAGGAGCUGGCGGAUCUCUCCAUGUUUCUGGCCCAGGUUUCUCACUGCUACCUGCAGCAACUGUCAACCUUUCCACAAGAGCUGCGUGAGUUAUUAAUGAGUCACCACACAGUCCUGCAUCCAGACCUCAGAAUGACAUUCUGCAAGUCGCUGAUUCUUCUGAGGAAUAAAGAUCUGAUCGACCCCUGCGGCCUCCUGGAGCUCUUCUUUGAGCUGCUGCGAUGUCACGACAAACUGCUCAGAAAGACACUGUACUUACACAUUGUCGCAGAUAUCAAAAACAUCAAUGCCAAGCACAAAAAUAACAAAGUUAACACAACAUUACAGAACUUCAUGUACACCAUGCUGAGAGACAGUAAUCCCCUCGCAGCCAAGAUCUCUUUAGAUGUAAUGGUGGAGCUUUACAAAAGGAACAUAUGGAACGAUGCCAAAACAGUCAAUGUCAUUGUAACAGCGUGCUUCUCCAAGGUUACAAAGAUUGUUGUUGCUGGUCUGAAGUUCUUCCUGGGCAAAGAUGAAGAUGAGAAAAAUGACAGCGAUUCAGAAUCCGAGGCGGAGGGGCCAACAGUCCGAGAUCUGAAGGUGAGAUACGCCACUGGCAAGAAAACCACCAAAAGCAAGAAGAAGAUGGACAAGGCAAUGAAAGUCCUCAAGAAACACAAGAAAAAGAAAAGGGUAGAAGUGUUCAACUUCUCUGCUAUUCACCUGAUUCACGAUCCUCAAGAUUUCUCAGAGAAACUCUUGAAGCAGUUGGAAGACUCUAAAGAGCGCUUUGAGGUGAAGAUGAUGAUGAUGGAGUUCAUAUCCAGACUGGUGGGAAUCCACGAGCUCUUCCUCUUCAAUUUUUAUCCCUUUAUCCAGAGGUUUCUGCAGCCACAUCAGAGAGAGGUGACAAAGAUCCUCCUGUGUGCAGCUCAGGCUUCACAUCAGCUCGUCCCACCAGAGGUCAUUGAACCUGUUAUCAUGACCAUCGCCAACAACUUUGUGACAGACAGAAACUCCGGGGAGGUCAUGACUGUGGGUAUCAAUGCCAUCAGGGAAGUGGCCGCCCGUUGUCCUCUGGCCCUCAAUGAAGACUUGCUGCAGGACCUGGUUCAGUACAAGAUGCACAAAGACAAGAAUGUGAUGAUGUCUGCCAAGGGACUGAUCCAGCUGUUCAGGAGUCUCAAUCCACACAUGCUGCACAAGAGAGACAGGGGGAGACCCACAGAGGCGUCAGCAGAGGCCAAGAUCAAAAACUACGGAGAGCUCGAGGCUAAAGAUUAUAUCCCUGGAGCUGAAGUCCUGGAGGUGGAGGAGAUUGAAAAAGAUGGAGAGAAAGAACAAGAUGGCUGGGAGAGCGCCAGUAUCAGUGAUGGUGAUGACGAUGGGGAGUGGGUGGACGUUCACCACUCGGGUGAUGAAGACACAGCAGAAGUGGCGGAGAUUCUUCAGAAUAUGCCAGUUGAGGAAAGAAAGGUCAAAGCGGCGGCGGUCAGCGGCAGCCGGCUCCUCACUCAGGAAGACUUCAAGAAGAUCCGACUCGUCCAGCUGGCUAAGGAGAUCGACAACGCGCCAGGAAAGGGCCAGAAGAGGACAAAUGUGGACCUCGACGAAGAGGAGGACAACAGAGGAGAGGUGCUAACCUUGAGGCAUAUUGAGAAACUGCAUAAGAAACCAAAAGACGACAAGGACACGCGCCUGGCAACAGCAAAGGCGGGAAGGUCCGAACGGAAGGACUUUCAUAAGAAGCACCAGAAGCUCAACCCUUUCGCCAGCACCAGCAACAAGGAGAAGAGGAAGACGAAGAACUUCAUGAUGAUGAGACACAGCGAGGGCGUCAGAACUAAAGGCAAACGUUCCUUCAGAGACAAACAGAUUGCUCUACGGGAUUCACUGCUAAAAAAGAAGAAGUUGCACUAGAAGGACAUGUUAUGAUGAAUUUGCCUCGUCUGUCAAACAUGGUCAGUUUAUCAAUGUAUUAUUUUCAGCAUAUAACCUGUAUCCAUUUACAAUAUUCUGAAAUAAACAAUAUUUGGUCAUUAUUGUGUGAA